AUGGCUGCCAUGGCAGACAAGUACCAGACCCAUGAGCUGUACUCCCUGUGCAUGAAAGCCGUCAGUGGGGAAGCACUCCGACCAGAGAUCGCGUGUGAGGUCUUUGCGUCAGCAGACCGCUUCAUGUCGAUGGCCGACUUGCGCAGGAAAGCCUUGGAGAUGAUUUUGAUCCAUCCCGGCGCGGCCUUGAAGACACGUCCGAAGCUGAGACCCGAGCUCUUGAAGGAGAUCCUACACUCCCGCUUGUUGUGCAUACCAUCCGACGCCCUGAGCAAAAUCCUCCGAGAAUGGGGUGAGCAGGAUGGAGACCUGUUACAGCCAAUCGUCGAAGCCCAACUUGCAGAGAAGAAAAAAACAACCCACUGCCAAGCACUCCACUGA